GUAGCAACAGUUUCGUGUCUCUCUCGAACAUAAAUUAUUAUGUUAAACUCUUUUUAAAAUAGUUUAAAGUGGAAGUAUUGACGUGUAUAAACGGCAUUAAAUUGUCGGACCUAAAAUGGCAACUCGCGGCGGUCCAAUGGUCGCGGGCACAGAUGGCAACGACUUCGAAUUCAGGCAGAAAGUGGCCAACACAUAUCAAAUUAGCUUGUUGAACAAAUCACGCCUGAAGUGCUGCAUUUUCUUUCAUGCCCUGCUUUUCUUCGUUAUGCUGGCCAAGCUAACAUCCGAUAUUUUGGAUCGAUUGGAUAUAUUUGUGCUAGAAAUCGAAGAGUUAGAGGUGCCGCCUCCGUUGUGGUGGGAAUAUGUUUGGUCUGCCUCGCUGCUCACCUCAUUUCUGGGCCUGUCCGCGGCACGUGGCAACAAGGUACGCGACAUGCAAAAGUACAUCAUUGCCAUUUUUGUAAUGGCUGUGCUGCCGCUGAUGUAUUGCUUUGCCUAUUACUUUGGCGAUGUGUGGGAGUUUUUAACUAUGGACAAGUCCAUAGAGCUGGAGGAAACUGAUAUUCUAGUGUGGCGCGGCUAUCCCUAUGCUGUGUUCUGGUAUGCCUUCUGUUUCCUAGGCUUUCAAAUACACGGAUUUACGCUGUAUUUUGCCUAUAAUUUGGUCAAGGCCUGGAAGGCAAGAACUGCCACGCGCAAGUUCCAGUAAAUCGAAGCUGGACUAAGUACUAAAAUACUCGCCAAUUAAGUAAAGCAAGAAACUGUAGGGCUAGUUGUAAAUAAUUUGGGAAAUCAAAUGCGAAUAGGGCAACCUUAUUAACUAACUUUCUAGUGCACAAAGUAAAUAAUACAUGAGUCAGCUGUUAAACUAGCGCACAUUUUUAGUCCGAGUCAGUGAUAAAAGUUUACCAGCGUUAAAGUUAUUGUUAAUGUUUUAGCUACAGAAAAGCAAAUACGAUACACAUUUAUCUAAAAUAAUAUAUUUAUAUAUAUACAAAAUGCAACCUUAUAAUGUUGAUUCAAGACAACAAAGCAACUGAAGCCACCAAAUUUCCCAAGCAAAAAGGAAACAAAACAACAGGAUUUUCUUAUUUUUUGUGCUUUACUUACAUUUCGAUGUGCCUGUGCCUCGUGUUUGUAAUAAACGUCAUACAUGCGUACGUUUAAAAAUACUAAAUAUUUAUAAAUAUAUGUCCAUAUUGAUAUAUGUACUUAUAUUAACGAAUUUGCCACUAUUAGUUUUUAAUUUUGAGUUCUUUUUUGCCUUUUUAUAAAUAUUCAACAUGGUUUUUGAUGUGUUCUUUUGUUUUUCAUUCUGGUGAAAAUAAAACUUAAUCUUCAACAGCACUCAUGCUCACAUUUAGGUAAUUAGGUGUGCGUGUGUAGUGAAGUAUUUUACUUUGAGAACUGCCUGUUACCCCAGAAAAAAAUAUUUUUGAAUACAAUUUAUGUGCAAUUUUUUGAGUGUUUAAGCAAAGUUAAAGUUUUGAUCAUUAAGAAUUCAACACAUUUUUAAUAAAG